AUGCCAGUCGCCACAGAAGAGUUUCAGAUCACGUCUGUGAAUGCGAAUUUUCGGUUCAGGGACUUUCUGGAUCGUCCCCUAGAACACCUCUGGAUAUCGUCUGAUCUGAGCGCCAGACUCGGCAAACCCACACAUCUUUCUCUAAAGCUGCUAGGCUCAAACAUCCUGGACUCGUUCCAGGUUUACAAUGUUUCUGUUAAUGAGUUGCUGCCACCUGUUACAUGCGAAUUGGCUAGUUUCCAGCUAUGGUCCAAACAUGGUGGUGAUCUAGAUAUCAGGCUGUGCCAAUGCUACAACCCGGGGAAGUUGGUCUCACUUUCGAACAUGAUAGUCAGUUUUCCACAGGAGGUGUACAAGAUCUUGGAGAUGACACCAAAGGAGAAGAUUAUCCACUUAAUACAACAAGAUCUGCACGACGUACAAUCCACAAAUGACGGCACACGGGUGAAACCAUUGGUCAGGCAAUUCGAUCUGAUUAGAAGCUUGAAUGGCAAAGUUAUUCACUGCGAGCCUGUUUCUCAGGGAUUACUAGAUUCCUCAACGUUAAUCACAGCAGUGCUGGGAGAAGAUGUUGAAGACGAGGCAGAACAGCAGGAGGACACUAUGGUAGAGUUUCAGAAUCUGAACGAUUCUCUGAUCUCUUUGGGGUUCAAUAAACAGCCUGCUUUGUCGCAGGUGGAGACUGUCUUCAAAACGAGAACAUUGACUCGAUUCGAUUUGGAAAACCACAGAAACGUACCCCACAUAGCUAAGCAGUUUGAGAAUGAAGACGAGCACAUUUUCGCUUGCGUGAAAACCAAUGAGUUGACGCAAAUCGGAAUUUUGAAUGGUUCGCUAGCCAAGUUAACAUCCAAGUCCCUAACUAGAAUUGUGAGAAUAUCCACCUUUGUGGAUCCCAAUAAUUUUGAGCCAAAGACAAUUCAUCUAUCUCCCAUGUUGCUACAGAGUAUGGGCUAUCCUGAGCAGGUGACCAUAGAGAGACUCGGAGAUGAAAAGCUAAAGAUCGAAGACGUGAUACCGUCUGCAAAACAGGUUAAGAUACUGAAGCUCGCAUCUCCAGUGAAUCUGUCUAAAACUGUCCAGAGCAGCUUGCACUUCAAAUUGAGAUCUUACUUCGAGCAGAAGAAACGAGUUAUUUCCAAAGGGAUGCUUAUUCCAAUUCCCAUCAACACCGAGCUGGCAACUUCUCUGUUCAACGCCUAUGAGCAACAGGGAGAGGAUAGUUCCGACAUACCCGGACUGAUUCCGCUCUCGAGACCCACCGAAAUUGCUUGGAUGCAAGUAUCGGAAGUGAUUGCCGAACCAUCUGAACAGCCAAGAGACUCUGAUUCGGAUCAAUACUUGAUAGAUACAAUGAGAACCAGCAUGGUUCAAGGGGGAACGGUCUCAGUGUCACUUCCCAAGAGAGAUCAAGCUGAUUGGCGAAACUAUUUCAGCAUGCCUGAUUUGUUUGCUUAUACCAGCACAGAAAGAGGUUCCACCGUCUCGUUCGAGUAUGCGAAGACCCUUCGAAAGAUCAUCGCCACAUCCCUGAAGAACAUGAACAAGGUGAAAGUACAGACAGCAGUGCUACUUUCUAGUUCUGCCAGAAACCUGGGCAAGACCCAUCUGGUCCAGAGCAUGUGUUAUGAACUCGGCGUCAAUCUUCGUGAAUUGGACGGAUAUGAGAUUUUGAGUCCGGGCAAUGAGAGCGCCACAUAUGGAACUUUAACGGGAAAGCUGGAUCGUUUAGUGCAAAAUUGUUCACCAUUGGUGAUACAUAUCAAGAACAUAGAGGCUCUAUGUGACCAAAAUGACCAGAACCCCAACAGUACGGACAGUCUAGGCUUACAAGUUGCAAGUGCCAUUGCUGAUUAUAUAUCUCACCCCGGGAUAAUAUUCAUUGCAUCUAGUGCGAAUCCAGACAAAAUUUCUGAUGUUCUUCGUUCAAAGUUCAGGUUUGAGAUCCAGGUGAGUGUUCCUUCAGAAAUGGAAAGGACCCAAAUCUUCGGACAUUUGUUGAGACCUCAUUCCCUGCAGGACAGUGAUGGUUUGGAGUUCGGCCUUGCCCAUGAUGUUUCAGUGGAGACCCUGUCGUUACAGAGUGCCGGACUUUCUCCAAGAGACUUGAUAUCGAUUGUUGACAAUUCGAGGUAUUUAGCAGUGGACAGAUUAGAGAGCCUGGCAGAGAAUCUGGGCAUAUCGUUCCAGCAAUUGGUCGUGUUUUCCGGUGGGAAGGUACUGCUAUCGCCUGAAGACUUCGAAUCCUCCAUAAACUCUACGCGUUCCAAGUUCAGUGAUUCGAUUGGUGCACCAAGAAUCCCCAACGUGAAGUGGGAAGACGUGGGUGGAUUGGACUUGGUCAAGGAUGAGAUUCUCGAUACUAUAGACAUGCCCAUGAAACACCCCGAGCUGUUCACCAGCGGAAUUAAAAAGAGGAGUGGUAUUCUAUUCUAUGGACCACCAGGAACUGGCAAGACUUUACUAGCCAAGGCAAUAGCUACCAAUUUCGCUUUGAACUUCUUCUCAGUGAAAGGACCCGAGCUGUUGAACAUGUACAUUGGUGAGUCCGAAGCCAACGUCAGAAGAGUGUUUCAGAGAGCCAGGGAUGCCAAACCAUGUGUCGUCUUCUUUGAUGAGCUCGACUCUGUUGCACCUAAAAGAGGCAAUCAAGGUGAUUCAGGUGGUGUUAUGGAUCGUAUAGUGUCUCAGCUGCUUGCUGAGCUUGAUGGAAUGAGUGGGUCGGAUGGAGGUGAUGGUAUAUUCGUUGUUGGAGCGACGAACAGACCAGAUCUACUGGAUGAAGCACUAUUACGCCCAGGGAGAUUCGACAAGAUGCUUUAUCUUGGUAUCUCUGAUUCGCAUGAGAAACAGCAGAAGAUCAUAGAAGCUUUGACCAGGAAGUUUCAGAUAGACGAGUCUGUAUCCCUACAGCAUAUUGCUGAAGGUUGUCCGUUUACCUACACAGGGGCCGACUUCUAUGCUUUAUGUUCUGAUGCCAUGCUCAAAGCCAUGACCCGUGUCGCUGGUACCGUUGAUGAGAAGGUGAAACACUACAACGAGCCAUUGCCCGAUGAUAAAAAAGUGAGCAUCAGAUGGUGGUUUGAAAAUAUAGCCACUGACAGUGAUGUGGAAGUGACGGUUAAAGAAGUGGAUUUCAUCAAUGCAAGAAACGAGCUGAUUCCGUCUGUCUCCAGAGACGAGCUUGACCAUUAUCUUCGCGUUCGGGAAAACUUUGAAGGCGGAAAGAUCCAAAACAACCAGUUGCAUGGGUCAUUGAUUCAGGAUGGAGACAUGGACAAUCACCAAACUGUCCUAGAGCUGCCUGCAAGGAAUGGAAAUGGAAAUUCAGAAGACAGUUCCUAUCAAUAG